AUGAGUAAAAACAAACAAGAAACCAUUGAGUGGAACAUCCAAAUCUACAAGCAAGAAGCCGAAAAAAUGGAUGCGUUGGUCAAGGAACGUUUCAAAUUAUACAUGAAAAUUGAAGCGGUUCGCGAAAUGCUUUGCGUCAUCGAUAUUACUGAAACAUUCGACAAAGAAUUUGACGAACUUUUGAAAUCAAAUAAUUUGGAGGAGGAGAGUCAUGACCAACCAAGCCAAGAAAACGGUUCCCCUCCAGCAUAUCUCAAACCACUAAAAGCAAUAGAUGCCAUGUUGAAUACGAUGGAAAAACGGGCUGCCGAUCGUCUUGAAUCCAUUCUAACGGCUCACAGGAACAAUUGGCCAAUUCUAGAUGGCGAUGGAUUGCUGGCAUUGAGCAUUGAGGAACAUCUUACAGCCGCCGAAGAAACUCUAGCCAAAUGGCAGAAAAAGUACAGCGGCAAGAGAGUGAGUCGCUAUCUGAACGCAGCUGAAUACUAUAUUAAACAUGUGAUAGAACAAUUGAGAGAAUACUUCAUUAUUGCUUCCGACUACGAAUGUUAUCGGAAAAUGGCUAUCAGGAGGACUGAGGAGGAGACUAGAAAUAAGAUGUUUAUUGAAGAUACAGUCAAAGCAGACGAGAUGAUCCUAGACGUCGAGAAGCAUCUUGCUGAAACGUUUGGAUGCACUUCCGAAAAGUUGAGAGCGGCCUUCGAAUUCGACACGACAAGUGACAAUUCACCAAAGAAUGAUUCACAAGUUGCUGAGCAGAUGUAG